AUGUGUUCACUUGUGCAGAGAACACAGUAUAAAAUAAAUACUAUACUUUGAAUAAACAGAAAUUUUGCAUUACACAAAUCAAGAUGUCCGAUAAUGUGAAUUCCUAUGCAAGAUUUCUAAACUCUCUUUCCAAGGGAAGGCAACCUUCUCUUAUCAGAGAAAUGAUCACGAUCAUGUCCACAGCACCUCCAGAAAUGAUAUCAAUGGCUGGUGGAAUGCCAAAUCCUAAACUGUUCCCUUUUAAGAAAAUGACUGUUCAGUUGAAGGAUGAUACAACUUCAAUAAGCUUGUCUGGAACUAAAAUGGAACAAGCUCUACAGUAUUUACCAACAGGAGGUCUUCCCUCACUUGUGAGCCAACUUAAAACCCUUCAGGAAGAGAAGCAUUCCUUGAGUCCUGAUGUGUGGCUGAAAAAUGAUAUUAUUGUAACCUCUGGAUCCCAGGAUGGAUUGUGUAAAUGUCUGGAAGCUUUGCUUGAACCUGGUUCCUCGGUCAUCAUGGAAGAGUUUGUUUAUGCAGGCACUCUCUCCAUUAUAGAACCAUAUAAACCAAACUAUCAUGUUGUUACAGCAGAUACCCAAGGAAUGAGACCUGACAGUUUGAAAAAAAUAUUGUCUCAAUGGUCGCCAGGGUCUGAAGAUACCAAUGCUCCCAAGUUCUUGUACAUCAAUCCAACUGGAGCAAACCCUACUGGUACAGUACUGUCUUCUGAGAGAUGUCAAGAAAUUUACAAGAUCUGCUCACAGUAUAAUCUUUUGAUUCUUGAAGAUGAUCCUUACUUUUAUCUCCAAUACCAAGAUCAAGAUUUGAGAUCACCAAGUUUCAUGUCAAUAGAUACCGAGGGGAGAGUGGUCAGGUUUGAUUCAUUUUCUAAAAUUCUGAGUUCAGGAAUAAGGCUUGGCUUUGUAACAGGUCCUAAACCUAUCAUAGAGCGGAUAAAUCUUCAUAUGCAGGCAUCAGUUUUACAUGCAUCAUCAUUAUCUCAGGUUUUGGUGAGCGAUCUAAUGUCACAGUGGGGAUCUACUGGAUUCAACAAUCAUAUUAAAGAAGUUGAAGAUUUUUACAAGAACAGGAGGAAUAAGCUUUAUGAAGCAGCUGAUAAGCAUCUUAUGGGAUUAUGUGAGUUUAGUGUUCCACUGGGAGGAAUGUUUCUGUGGAUCAAGGUUCCAGGUUUAGGUUCUACCUGGGAUAUGAUUAUGCAGCGUGGACUGCAACAAAAUAUAAUGCUAAUGCCAGGUAGAGCAUUUCAACCUGACCAGACUGCUCCCUGUCAGUUUCUUAGGGCAGCAUUCAGCAUAGCAGCGGAGAAGGAUUUUGAUACAGCAAUGGAAAGGCUGGCUCAGCUCAUAAGAAAGGAAAUUUCUCUUCAAGAACAUCAGUCAUAAACAAAUAAGAAACUGUAAAAUAAAUGCUGAAAAUCAAAACUAUUUGGUUUUGUAUAAUUAUCUAUAUAUAAGUUUUACUUGCCAGUCUGUUUGUUUCCAAUUUACGUCAAAAUGGCUGAACUGAUCAAGGUCCAAAUGUUUUGCAGCAACUCAAUUCACAAAAUUAAACAGAAAAAUUCGCAGAAAUUUGAAAACAAUUAAAAAUGGCAACUUUCAGAGCAACAGUUUAAAGGUAAAAUUGUUCAAUAAAAAGGGACGAAAAAUGAAACAGCCUAAAUCCUCAAAUCCCGCAUGUGUACACAGUGUAAUAAAACAUGUUCCCAUUCUUAUUCAAAUAGGAACUGAACAGUGAACACUUGUCUCAAACUUAAACUUUCCAGUUAUUUUAUCUUGACAUCCAGAUAUCCCAAACCUUUGAUAAUCAAUAAAUCAGGUUUUAAAAUUAAAAGAAUUAGAAAGUUAUAGUUUGAGGCAAGUGUUCAGUUC